AGACUAACUGGGAAACACACUAGCAAACCAACAACAACAGCUACAGAACGGUGCUCACGUGCAACAAUCAAGAGCAAAGCAGAGGACAUCCUCCAGGAACUUGGACACAGAAAGCUUCAACUGACUUUCCAUAACCAUGACAAAGGUUUUCAAGAAGACUAGUGGAAAUGGUUCGUUAUGCCUUUAUUUGGGGAAAAGAGACUUUGUGGACCAUGUGGAAAGUGUUGAUUCAAUUGAUGGGGUGCUCAAGAUUGAUCCUUCAGAUCUCAAUGGAAGGAAAGUGUGGGUACAGAUUGCAUGUGCCUUCCGCUAUGGAAAAGAUGAUCUGGAUGUGAUUGGAGUUUCCUUUAGGAAAGACAUCUGGAUAAAGCGCAUACAGAUGUAUCCCUUUGAGGGAACCAAGCCCCCAAAUACACCAAUGCAGGAAGCGCUUUUGAAGAAAGCUGGAGAUCAAGGACAUCCCUUCACUUUUGAUAUUCCAGUACGUCUUCCAUGCUCAGUGUCCCUUCAGCCAGCACCAGAGGAUGCCGGGAAGCCUUGCGGGGUUGACUAUGAAGUCAAAGCCUAUAUUGCAAAUGAAGCAGACAGCAUAGAUGAGAAAAUUGAAAAGAAGGACACUUGCCGUUUGAUCAUCCGCAAAAUCCAAUAUGCACCAAAUGAGAUAACAGCCGGACCCAAGGCCGAUCUCAACAAACAGUUUAUCACAGCAGACAAACCAAUUCACUUGGAAGCCUCCAUGGAGAAGGAGCUCUACUAUCACGGCGAUCCCAUUCCUAUCAAAGUCAAAGUGAACAAUGAGACCAGUAAAGUAGUGAAGAAAGUCAAGAUCAGUAUUUACCAAAUUACAGAUGUAGUGCUUUACUCAGCCGACAAAUACCACAAAUGUGUCCUGAAUGAAGAAUUUGGGGACCAAAUUAAUGCAAACUCCACCUUUGAGAAGGAAUAUAGUGUCAUUCCUCUGCUGGCCAAUAACAGAGAGAAACGUGGCCUCGCACUGGAUGGCAAACUGAAAGAUGAAGAUACCAACUUGGCUUCUUCAACAAUUCUGCAACCCGACAUGGAUAAGCAAAUCCAAGGCGUCAUUGUCUCCUACAAAAUAAAGGUUACCCUCAUGAUGGGAGGUGGUCUCUUGGGAAGCCUCACAUUAAGUGAUAUUACCGUUGAACUCCCCCUGGUUCUAAUGUCACCCAAACCAGCAGGUGAGAUUUCUGUUCUUCGAUAUCUGAAAUGAGGAUCCUAUGUGUGUGUGUGUGUGUGUGUGUGUGUGUGUGUGUGUGUGUGUGUGUGUGUGUGUGUGUGUGUGUGUGUGUGUGUGUGUGUGUGUGU